AAGAGGACUGUAAGAAGUACCUGCAGAGGAAAGAGCAGCCUGUGCAGGUGCCAGCAGUGGACAGCAGUAUCCCAAAGACAUUAGAGAUGUCGGGCCUCACUACCAGAGAUGAUCCUUACGGGAACACGCCAGAGCUGUUUGAUGCCUUCAUCUGUUACUGUCAAAAAGACAUCCAAUUUGUCCAAGAGAUGAUCCGAGAGCUGGAGCAAACGGAGUUCAAGCUGAAGCUGUGUGUGUUUGAUCGGGAUGUCCUGCCAGGGUCAUGCGUGUGGUCCAUCACUAGCCAGCUCAUAGAGAAACGCUGUAGGAAGAUGGUGGUUGUUAUUUCAGAUGAUUAUCUGGAAAGCAAUGCAUGUGAUUUCCAGACCAAAUUUGCUCUUAGCCUUUCCCCAGGUGCUCGCCAGAAACGGCUGAUUCCGGUCAAGUACAAAACCAUGAAGAAUGCAUUUCCAAGCAUUUUGAGGUUCAUUACAGUCUGUGACUACACUAAUCCCUGCACCAAAAAAUGGUUCUGGACAAGACUGGCAAAAUCCCUCUUGCUCCCAUGAGGCAAAGCUUCCUGAGCCAGUUCAAUUGCAAUGGUGUGUGAUGCUUCACUUCUGCCUCCUCCUGUGCAGAGGAAGAGACAAAUCCUGAAUAUGUUUUUAAAACAUUACUCACAAACGAUGUCAGUUCUAUUGCAUUUAUAGUCUCACAUAAAGUCAAUCAUCGCUGUGCUUGUUGAUAUCAAAACACUUUGUAUAUUUUCAUUUUUUUCUGUCCAUUCUCAUGUUUUAUAUCAACUGUUCCAAUGGAUGGUUGUUGUUUUUUUUAAAUUGCUACUUUUACAAUGGUGCCAAAAAAUAAAGACUGAAGAAAAGCAA